UCACACGAGAAGAGAAAACACUCUGUUCUUGGUAGACCUGUGUACAUCAAGUAAGGAAGGAUGAAGCUGCAACUUUUCAUUGUUAGUGUCCUGCACUAUUUGGUCCUAACCAAUCAAGAAGAUGAGAAAACACAGGCUUUGGAAUCAUAUGACGUUGACUCUGACUUUGAUGUAGACUACUUUCGAUCCAUCUUCAAUUCAUCACUUCCCAUGGAUGACAAUUCAUCUGCUUCUCCUUGUAGCGUAAUUGUGCCUGGUUUGAGCAGCUUGGGCCUGAUGAUCACCUACAUCAUCGUGUUUGUCUUCAGCAUGGUAGGCAACAGUGUAGUUGUCUAUGUUGUUGUCUAUAUGAAGAAAGGUAGAGCCAGCACAGAUGUCUACUUGAUGCACCUGGCUAUGGCAGACCUUCUCUUCUGUCUUACCCUCCCGUUCUGGGCUGUCAAUGUUCAUUCUGGUUGGGUCUUUGGCAACUUCCUGUGUAAACUGCUGUCAGGCUUUCAGGAGGCAGCGGUAUACAGUGGUGUUUUCCUGCUGGCAUGCAUCAGUGUGGAUCGCUACUUUGCCAUUGUGAGAGCUACACGUGUCUUCUCCUCCCAUCAACUUAUGGUGAACAUGGUGUGCGGUAUAGUGUGGCUAGUGGCUGGAAUAUUGGCCCUACCCGUGGCAAUUCAGAGGGAGAGCAUCAUGGCUGAAGAUCUAGGCCAGACCAUUUGCUAUGAAAACCUAACUGGUGAAAGCAGUGACCACUGGCGUGUUGGCCUCCGUGUUCUGCGCCAUACGAUGGGCUUUUUCCUGCCACUGCUGGUGAUGGUCAUCUGCUACGGCUGGGUGGUGGUGACGCUGUUCCACACACGUAAUCUACAAAAGCAUAAGGCCAUGCGAGUCAUCAUGGCAGUGGUGCUGGGAUUUGUUCUAUGCUGGCUGCCUUAUAACAUUUCUAUACUGAUUGACACACUCAUACGAGGCGGAUCAAUUGAAGUGAAUACGUGUGGAACUCAUAACAGAGUACAAGCAGCGCUCAAUGUGAGCCAAGUGUUAGCCUUCAUGCACUGUGCAGUCAAUCCACUUCUGUACGCCUUCAUUGGGGUGAAGUUCCGUAACCAGCUGCUCUUUGCUCUCUACAAACACGGGGUCAUCAGCAAGAGGCUCCGGAUGGCUCACACAAGGGGCUCUGUGAACAGUAUUGCGAGCCUCCGAUCUAGAAACACCUCUGUUACAAUGUGAAAACAUUGUAACAGGCUCAACAUUUUUUUUUACAGGCUCAGCAGUGGUGAAUUUUCACUUGGUCCAAAAUUGAGAAAUUAUAGAAGAGAAUAACAGACCAAGUAGAUUGAUAUCAUAGUACAUUUACAGUAUAAUUUUAUGAUAAUAAGAAAAGAGAAGUGUUUUAAGCUUUACACAGAAAUGUACAAUGGAAAGUUCUUCCUCUAAUGGUGAACUGUCACAUUAAAUAACUAGUUUUUGGUUUUAGACACUUCAGACACAGAUUUUUACCCUGUAGCUUAGGAAUGCAUUAAAGAAAAAGACUGGUCUUUUGAUACUGAGUGAUUUACUUGUUUAAAGUCUCAUUAUUGAGUCCAAAAAGUUUGUGCUCCAGCAACAAAGUGACAAAAUGGCCAGAAUGGGAGGAAGAUGGACAUUCAUUAACUACUUUGAUGGUGUCCUGUUCUUAUUUUUUAUUCUUUUUGCUUAUGCUUGUGAUUAUUUUAGCAUUUUUAAUCUUAUCUACAUUAUCAUCUCCUUAUUUUGUUUUCAAUUGAACUUCGGAGGGUUUUUUGUUACUUUUUGUCCUCGUGGUAGUCAAAACAUGUGGUUACCAAUAUCAGAUGUCUUAAUCUUUCAAGCAGGAAGAAGUGAAGAAACCAACCUCCCUGUACCAAAAACAAGUUUUUUUUUCUACCUUUAUGAAUGAUUUUGAUAGGUAAACCUCCAGAAUCUACACAAAACUCUGGUGUUUGAAACAUAAUGUUGGUCUUUAUAAUCAAGUAUGUAAUUAUACAAUGUAUAUAUUUUUAAUUGUUUCUUGCAGUAAGUGAUAUGCCUGUGAAAUAAGAUACUUUAUCUGUCUAUCUAUCUGAAUGUCUGGCUCUGUGGUUGACUUAAAGGAGAGGAAGAGAGAGUCACUUCAUGGAAAUUGUGCAGCAACCACGGUUACAAAACAAAAUUACAUUACAUACACUUUUUCUGCACCAUUCACUGCUCCCAUGGCUUUUACAUACUCAAUCAUAUCUGCACUUGUUUUUUGUUGUUUUGAUGUAACUUUCUCCACUGGGAUUGAAAUAAACUCUUAAACUAU